AUGGAUGAUUUAACAAAAAAAGAACUUUUAAGUAAAUGUCCUUAUAGACUAACUCUCACGAUUGAAGAACUGACUAAUCCUUCUGCGAAAAAAUGCGGCAAUCCUGAUAAGCCACCAAGGCCACAAAACAGUUGGAUCAUUUUCCGAAGAGAUUAUGAAGCUAAUUUACGUCUACGCAAUCCUGAUGUCAAAAUAAAAGUUACCGAUACAGCAAAGGAAUGCAGUUUAAAGUGGAAAUCAAAAGAAGUCAAAGAUUUUUUUAAACUAUUGGAGAAAAUUGCUUAUAUGAAUCACAAGAAUAUAUAUCCUAAUUACAAAUUUAAACCAGGAAAUGUAAAAUAUUCAAGCUGUAAAAGAUUUAUUCCUUGGGAACAGAAAAAACGCGCAUCUACUUCAUCUUCAUCUGCUAAGUCUAGCUCAACAUACGAUACUUCAUUUCGAGGGGUGAUAGAAAUUAACGCGUCGCCCCCCUUAACAAAUUAUAUCACUGAUAAUUCAUGCAGUUCCACACCGUCGACAACUCAGUAUAACCCUCAUAAUGAUGUAAGCAUUAACAACAUGAAUCCUAUCACUAUGCCUACUUUAUCCACAUCGAUCGACAAUCUUCGCGCGUUCUCGAAUAAUCAUCAAGUUUACGAUAAUAAUUUGAUUGAUAAUGGUUGUUUAUUCGACGAAAACUUUAAUGAUGUAAAGAAUAACUCAACUCAGAUAAGCACACCUGUCGACAUUACAAAUACCGCUAGUAUUCCAACAACACCAUUUAUUUCUUCACCCUCAUCACAUGCUCAACUAUUAUAUCUUUCUUAUGAUUCUACAUAUAUAACUGGGUAA